CGCAGGGCGCUUCGCGUGGCUUCAUCGGUGGCUCCUCGUCGCGGCGCGUCCGAGCGCUGUGAAUACUCUCGAGAAAAGAGGAAAAAAGAAAGAUAGAAAGAGAGAGAGAGAGAGAGAGAAAUACUGCACUGUGUGCGCUUCGUUGUGCGGCACGAUGUCGGCACGACGUGCGUGACGAAGAGAGACAGGAGAGAACGAGAGGAAAAAAGAAAGAGAGAGAGUGAGAAAGAGAGAAAGAGAGGACACCGUCGCGAUUACUAUGCGAAUCGUCGCGGUCGUCGUCGGCGUCGUGGCGAAAGUUUCCGUAGAUCGAUCGCACCUGCUUGCAGAGCGUUCCUCGAUGCCGACGGCAGCGAUAUUUCUUAUCUCCUUAUCUUCCCCCUAACACCGUUGACACUGCAUCGUUUUCACGCGCCUCCGAUCGUGCAUCUCUGUGAACUCACCUGGACGGAAGAAGGAGAUUCGUGUGUGGCGACAGCCGGCGGUAUGCUGGUCGCGCGAGACCGUACGAUCUGUAACGCGGCUUUGUAACAACAGAUGCGACAUCACGUUAACAUCGCCCGGGACGAACUGAGAGAAAGAGAGAAAGUGCGAUGGACAAGCUCGGCUCGUAAUCGUGCCGGGAAGACACUACGAGUAUAGGAGUGUUCGAGGAGGAGGAGAACAAAUCGACGGGCGAGUGACGAGCCGUCGAGAUCGAGAGGGCCGAGAGCAAAAUGAGGGCCCCGUUGCUCCUCUUGGGCGGCAUUGUUGUACUGUCGCUCGCGGUCGCGAGGGCUCUCUCGUGUGUGUGCUCGCCGCUGGAGUGCGACGUUCUCACCAACGAGGACUGCCCCGGAGGCCUCAUCUGGGACCCGUGCAGAUGCUGCAAAGUAUGUGCGCGCGUGGAAGGCGAGCCUUGCGGCGGCCUCUUCGGUUUCUCCGGCAGCUGCGCCGUCGGCCUGCAAUGCGUAAUCGUGAAUCUGCUGCCCCGCACCCGGGAAAUGGACGAGGGUGUCUGCACGAAGAUCCCAGGCAGAUGGAGGAGGCACUGUCCGCUCAGGCCGAUAAUGUCGGGUCCCGGCUGCAACCUGGUCGGCGAGGGAGCCGGGGCCGGAAAUGCGGCGGCCGCCGGCAAAUGCGUUUGCGGUCCGUCGGUGCCGUGGUGUCCGGGUGAGCCGCGGCCCUACAUGUACAUGACGCGGCACGAGUGCAAGCUCAAUUUGGAGGCGAAAAUUGCUUACGAUGACCUCUAUAAUUCCGGAGACACGCCGAGCGGACCCGCCAUGGAGGGUGAGUUACUUUCAACCAAUUUCCAAAAGUUUUCGCGAAGCUACGGCUUUAAUUGA